AUGCCUGUGCAGGCCGCCCAGUGGACGGAGUUCCUGUCCUGUCCCAUCUGCUACAAUGAGUUUGACGAGAACGUGCACAAGCCCAUCAGCCUGGGCUGCUCCCACACCGUCUGCAAGGCCUGCCUGAGUAAGCUGCACCGCAAGGCCUGCCCUUUCGACCAGACCGCCAUCCACACCGACAUCGACGUGCUUCCCGUCAACUUUGCGCUGCUCCAGUUAGUGGGAGCCCAGGUGCCUGAACGCCAGGCUGUCAAGCUAAGUAACCUGGGAGAAAACAAACACUACGAACUGGCGAAGAAAUGCGUGGAAGACCUCGCCCUUUAUUUGAAGCCCCUGAGCGGAAGUAAGGGUGUGGCUAGCUUAAAUCAGAGCACGCUGAGCCGGCCGAUGCAACGGAAGCUGGUGACCCUGGUGAACUGCCAGCUGGUGGAAGAAGAAGGCCGCAUCCGGGCGAUGCGGGCAGCUCGCUCCCUCGGGGAGAGGACCGUCACCGAGCUGAUCUUGCAACACCAGAACCCUCAGCAGCUCUCGGCCAAUCUCUGGGCCGCUGUCCGGGCCAGGGGGUGCCAGUUCCUCGGGCCGGCUAUGCAGGAGGAAGCCUUGAAACUGGUCCUGCUGGCCUUGGAAGACGGCUCGGCCCUGUCCCGCAAAGUCCUGGUGCUGUUUGUGGUCCAGCGCCUGGAGCUCAGGUUCCCUCAGGCGUCGAAAACCAGCAUCGGCCACGUGGUGCAGCUGCUCUACCGGGCGUCCUGCUUCAAGGUCACCAAGCGGGACGAGGACUCUUCCCUGAUGCAGCUGAAGGAGGAGUUCCGCAGCUACGAGGCCUUGCGGAGGGAGCACGACGCUCAGAUCGUCCACAUCGCCCUGGAAGCCGGUCUCCGGAUCUCUCCCGAGCAGUGGUCCUCCCUCCUGUACGGGGACCUGGCCCACAAAUCCCACAUGCAGUCCAUCAUCGACAAGCUCCAGUCUCCGGAGUCCUUUGCCAAAAGCGUGCAGGAAUUAACCAUUGUUCUGCAGCGAACGGGGGACCCCGCCAACCUGAAUCGGCUUCGUCUCCAUUUGGAAUUCUUGGCGAACAUAGAUCCUAACCCAGAUGCGGCGUCUCCAACUUGGGAGCAGCUGGAGAACGCCCUGGUGGCCGUUAAGACAGUUGUCCAUGGCCUUGUCGACUUCAUCCAGAACUACAGCAGGAAAGGCCCUGAAAUUCCACAGCCUCAGCCAAACAGCAAGUAUAAAACCAGCCUAUGCCGCGACCUUAGACAGCAGGGCGGGUGUCCGCGCGGGACCAACUGCACCUUUGCCCACUCGCAGGAGGAGCUCGAGAAGUAUCGGCUGAGAAACAAGAAAAUCGGUGCCACGGUAAGACCCUUCCCGCUGCUUGGGAAAGCCAGCAUCCCAAGCGUCGUUCCCAUCAUCGGAAACGCAGACCCGGCGGGAAAGGCGGCGUCCAGCACCAAUGAGAGUCCCAGCCCGGAGAGCGUUGCCCCCCAGCUGAUCCCCCGUUGUACCAACACCCCUUUGUUACGGACUCUGGAGCACAUGAAGAAAGGGGGGAAGGCUGUGGCAAACGGCCAGAACCCCACUUUGUCUCCCACCGAGCCUCUGCCCGAACACAAAACCAGAUCCCCUCCGAAAACGCCUGUGAACCAGACUGCAGCUACCUCAACAGGCCCCGUCCCUCCUCCCCCUCCUCCUCUUCCUCCCUCUCCAGCCCUUGUGGGCAACGAGAUAAGCCCCCUCGCCCCCAAACCCAGCCCUUUUGCCACCCGCCUGCCCAUCUACCCGGCUCACUCAGAGAUUCUCCCGUAUUUCCAGGAUCCUCGGGCUCAUCUCUCCUAUGAAGCUCCGCCUUACCCGCAAACAGGAUAUUAUCCAGGCCCCCCGGCGGUCCCUACAGCGGUGCCUCCCUGCCUCCCUCGCUUUGUGAGGUCCAGCAGCGUCUCCGAAUCCUCUCUCCCGCCGGCCUCUCUACAGUACAGUGAACCUUACGGCACGUUUCCUUCUCGGGACAGACUCACCGCUGCUUACCAACAGGCACAACCGCAGCCCUACGGGCCGGUGCCACCGGUUCCUUCCGGGAUGUACGCCCCGGUUUAUGACAGCCGGCGUAUUUGGCGACCACCGAUGUACCAGAGGGACGAUAUCAUCCGGAGCAACUCCUUACCUCCCAUGGAAGUCGCCCACCCCUCCGUCUAUCACAAUUUUGUGCGGGAAAGAUACGGCUCUUUGGACAGCUACUGUUCGGUGCCCUGCCAGGUGCCAGCGGAGCAGAGGGCUGUGCCUUGGGCAAGGGAACCUUGUGGACAUCUGAAGCCUGCCUACGAGGACCCUCUCCGAAAGAAACCGGAACAGUGGGCGCCUUGCCACAUCCCGAAAGUGCCCGUGGUGACGACGUCCGCUCUCCCUGCAGCCGCACCGUCUCCGUCCUCCCCUUCCCCUUUCUUCAGCGUGGACUUCAGUUGUGAAUUCAGCAAGAACUCCAGCGGCUCGAGCGACCCCAGGUACGAAGACGGCCAGCUGUGCCAGUACUCGCCCUGGUCCUGCAGCACCCUCAGCUCCUGCAUCAGCGCGGUGGAGGCCGAGCCGAAGGACGUCCUGGCUAAAUCCAGCACGGUCCUCCUAGAUCUGGACAGCGGAGAGCCCAAGAGGCCGGCCCAUCUCUUUGAAACCCAGAGGAAGGCGAAGGAGGAGGACCCCAUCAUCCCUUUCAGCGACGGGCCGAUCAUUUCCAAGUGGGGCGCCAUCUCCAGGUCAUCACGGACAGGCUACCACACCACGGACCCUGUCCAGGCGACUGCUUCCCAAGGAAGCACUACCAAGCCCAUCAGCAUGUCAGAUUAUAUCCCCAGCAUCAGCUCCGUGGACUUGAGGUGGAGCUGCUACGCGCCCGAGUCCACUUCCUCGGCACCUUUCCUAGAACGGGACCAGUUCGUUUCUCCCGGGGAACCGGCUCCGCCAAAGCACUCGAGCACCGGAGAUCUCCUGAGCACCGAAUUGCAGCAGGCCAAAAGUAACUCGGUGCUGCUCCAGAGAGAGGCCAACGCCCUGGCCACGCAGCAGAAGUGGGAGGCCCUGAGCGAAGGCAGCGCCCUCACCUUGACGCUCUUGAGCAAGGAAACGAACGGCCGGGUAAGCAGGCUCCAGGCUGACUCCCCCGAGGACAGCAUGGGCACCAAGGCCAACCGAGACAUUGAACUGGAACUUUCAUCGCUGGACACUGAUGAGGCCGAGGGGUCCGGAGAGCAAAUGGAAGAGAUGCUGGGCCUGCAGCUCGCCAUCGGCGGUCAGAGCGAGAACCUCUUCAACGGGUCAGCUCUGGAGAACGGUCACCUUGCGGAGCAGCCCCAGGUGGACGCCAGGCAGGCGAAGAGGCCUGUCCUGCAUGAAGAGCUUGCUCGUUUGGAGAAGCAGACGGGGGUCUUGCCAGCGGCGUCCUGUUUCAGCCAACCCACGGAGACGGCAGGCAGCAGGAUCUCCCUGCCCAUCAUGACGUCCGCCAGCAUGGGCAGCCUUCUUCUGAAAACAGCCCACGGCCUCGUGGACGGGCCAAAUGACUUUUUGAGGCCGAUUGCAAACGGCAAAAUGGUGAACACGUGA